ACGAUACUUUUUUUUCCCCCUCUGCUUCUCGACCACACUCUCUACCAAGAACCAGUCCGACAAACACACCUGUGAGGUAUGUAUGAUUCCAAGGGCUGACGGCGAUCGGGAUGCGGCAGGAUGAUGCCUCUAUCAGCGGCAGGAGGAAGCAAUCGUGAGCGCCGCCCGCGGUGAGGCGACUAGACGUCGCCGCCAGUCGUCGCCUUCGGCCCGGUGCGAUUAGGUUGGCGGUGUCGCGACCGACGAACCGCGGCAGGCAAACGCUCUCGAUACUCUUCUCUCCCUCAGCAAUGGGCGGCAGAACCCUCCUCGACCGAUCGCUGAGGGCACUCUCCCUGCUCAUGGCCGCGCGAGGCUAACGUCGAGUCUUUGCUCCUGGCAGAUACCUCAUUUCCAAUCCGACUUGAGAAUCUCCGCCCGACAACACCGCCAAAAUGGUCCGCACUUCGGUUCUCCACGAUGCCCUCAACUCCAUCAACAACGCCGAGAAGGCUGGCAAGCGCCAGGUCCUGAUCCGACCCAGCUCCAAGGUCAUCGUCAAAUUCCUGCAGGUCAUGCAGCGUCACGGCUACAUUGGCGAAUUCGAGGAGGUCGAUGAUCACCGCUCCGGCAAGAUCGUCGUUCAGCUGAACGGCCGCCUCAACAAGACUGGUGUCAUCUCCCCCCGCUACAACGUUCGCCUGGCCGAGCUCGAGAAGUGGGUUGUCAAGCUGCUGCCCGCUCGUCAGUUCGGCUACGUCAUCCUGACCACCUCGGCUGGCAUCAUGGACCACGAGGAGGCCCGCCGCAAGCACGUCGCUGGCAAGAUCAUUGGCUUCUUCUACUAGAGGAUGGAUGCCAACCGGGGCUUAAAAGUACAUGGGCAUGGUCGGCGUUCCGGGAGGCCAUGAUGAACAGUGGCCGAUGUUAUCAGCUGCCGUUGAAUGUAGCGCACUUUAGCUCUCUGAAUGGGACCUUAGAGGACGUGACGCCCUG